AUGGUAGUCGUGGUAAUACGGGUUUUGUUGGAUUCGGAAGAUGAGAUCAACGAGCCUAUAAUCAAAGAAAAGACUCGCGAGCAAUUGACGAUCUUCUUGGGUAUCUUCACAAUGACAUUCUUCUUCGGUUGCUGGUGUUGCUUCUGUUGUGGUUGUUUGGUGUGCAGAUGGCUGUAUGACUGUCCAAGUCUAUGCAGCAUCGCUCUCACAGCGGCUUCAUACAAGUUCAUCUCAUCGCAUCCAUCGAUCCGUCGACGAUUUCGGAAAGAGGACGGUAAUAAAAAAACUCACUAA